AGCUUACAGCACCUUGGCUUUUGAUGGAAGCAGCCCAACAGACUCCAGAGAUUUUCAUACCAUCUCGAAAUAUCCCCGCUAGCCUGUCUCUUUUAAUUAUCUAUGAGGCAUUGUCUGGGCCCUCCACGACACUGCAGUCUCUUUGUUGCUGUUUUCACAUUGAGAGAAACCUGCCUAGAAUCUCACCUCGUGCCCCCUGCGGCUAUCCACCUUUGACAAAAAAGACAGCACUAUGUUUGAAGUGCCUGAAGCAAAGAGGGUUCGGAGAGAAGAUCUGGACGCAUCAGAUGAUGGCGCAGAGAAUUGGAGCGACGACGGUAUUCGCGAUGCCGAGUUGCGCGCAAAACUGAAUGCACAGAUCGCAAGAUCACUGGGGCUGGAAAUCUUGGCAGAACCAACCCCUGAAGUCGCGAUGAAGGAUUGUUCUCUCACAAGAGGCAAAGAGUCCGGCGAUGACGAUAUGGGGGAUCCAGAGGUUACUCUGGCUGCCGAGGAUGAUGAGGAAGAGGAAUUCGUUUUUCGACUUUUCAGCAAAGCCCCGCCAAGUCAAAAGGUCGUGCUGGAAGAAGACACUGGACCAACAGGUGAUGGAAUCUUUGUAAGCGGUCGACCACUCACUUACUAUGUGGUGAAAAACAUCUCUGCGGAACGAAGGCAUGAGUAUGCUGUAGCAGCCGUGAGCGGGGAUCAAGUGUUGGCAAGAUCACACGGCAGGGCUUGGGGCCUCGAGGUUCCUUGGAAGGUUACGAAACUCGCUAUCACUCGAAAAGCCAGGCCGGAUGAAAAAGCACAGGAUGAAUUGGCUCAAAGGAAACGACGACCAGGAAAGAAACAACGGAUAUCCUUAAGAAAACGAGCAAAGGAAAAGGAAGAGAGGAAGGCAGCCGAAGUCAAGAAAAUGGCCGAGAAAGAGGAGCACAUAAAAGACAAGAAGAAGAGGAUGAAUCGGCUGAAGAAGCUGAGAAAAAGGGCAAAGGCAAAAGAACAGAAACAAGUAUCAAAAGAGGGAGAUGGAGAUGGCUCUAAUUCAGAUUCAUCAGGUUCUGAGUGAGCCUGAAAUUUCCCGGAGUCUCGAUGCUCAAUACUAUGUUGAUUUUAUGUGGAGAGCCUUAUUAAUAAAGAAAAAUACUACUUAAUAAAUUUACUUAAAUAGGCCAAUUUAAUUACAAGUAAAUUAUAUU